UGUCAAUUUAAGUCCAUCUUCAACAUCGCGUUGCAUUUGGGAGAACUCAUCUAAACCUAAGCUACCUACCUAACGCCACAUUCUUUAAAUCGUAUAGACCUUGCACUAUACACAAGGUACAUCCCAAACGUCAUAUUACUGCUUAUCACGUCCGGCCUGUCGAUAGACCAUGGCGUCGCUUAACCUUACCCAAGACGAGUUCAGAGCUAUCGAGCAGACGCGGCAGCGGCUCUCGCAGAUAUCCAGUAGCAUCGCGAGCCUUAAAUCCGACGUCUUUAUCAACAACCCGCUGCCUAGUUUAGAAUCACUCCAGACCCACACGGAGGUCCUACAAAGCAUGAUACAGAGCCUCCUCAGUGUCACGUCGCCUGCUGCAGAGAUUUUUAGCCGCAUUGCAGUGCAUCCCUCAACUAACUUCCCGGGGCGUACCCAGGAGAUGAUACUCCAAAGACUACUGCGCAAAAAGCCAGAGCCGGACAUUGCGACGUCUAUGGACGAGGGAAGAAACAUGGUGGCGGCCUUCGCUCCGCAGCCAUCUUCUCAAGGCCUUAUAGGCGCAGGUACAGGUAUUGAAAAGGGCCCAGAAGAGGAGUUGGGAAAUAUAUGGGACUCUGUGCGCAACUUCUGCGAGGAGCGCAUGAGGGAUUACGUAAUAAACGAAGGUGAUGACAUGUUCACGGAAGAGGAGCGCGAGCGGGGUGUCGAGAACGUGCGGACAGGACUUAAAAGAUCGUUUGAGGAUGAAGAGGAGGACGAUGAUGAGGAUGACGAGGAAGGAGGGGGGACGAAUGAAGACCAGGACGACGACGUUAUGAUCAUCGAUCGUCCGCCUCCACCUCCAGCACCCGCAGUUGUGACCCAGGAAAUUGAGGGCGCAGCUCUAGAGAACAUUAUGCGUUUCGCGGCGAGAGGAGAGUUUGUUACCCGCUAGGGGCCGUACAAGCUUACGAUAAAAUCUGCCCAGCCUUGCUCUGUUUACGACAUGACAUCACUAGUCGAGAAAGGGUGUAUUGGGUGGUUAGGUAUGGUUACCUAGUAAAGCGGACAUAUGUGUUACAGGAGCUGAGAAUAUCUAAUUCUAAGGAUAAUAAACUCCGAAGCUUCUAUACCUAGCAGCGGUUGGUUUUUGUUGGCGCUACUAUCCGACGCUGCCCGCCAAGUAUGCGGCCUCGGUCACCAAUUACAAAAUGAGUAGGUAAUUAACAGGUAUUCAGCCAACUAAUCUUGUUA